UGAGCCGUGGAGGGUUUGGAGCGCUUUCUCUCAGCCUUUUGUGGGAUUUCUAUCUGUGGCAGGAUCUCUGCAGCACUAUGGUGCUAACACAUGUCAGAUGGGAGGAUAAAGACCUGCAGGAUUUGUUUCUUCGACUUAUUAAACUCGCUUUUAGCCCUCAUCUGUGCGUGUGCAGCCUCGCUUAUGUCUGCAGAGAGGCUCUUUUUAUUCAUUUCAUCUCCAACAGAGCAAAGGACAAACUCAGAGGAUGAGAGACUCGGACCAAAGUGGACUUCUUCUAUUAAUCAAACGGAUCGAUUAACUCUAAUCAGACUGAUGUUUACUACAAUGACGGCCUGGAAAAAGGCUACAGGACGUUAGGAUGUUAGUUGUGACGCGCCUUUUUCUCCUGCUCAGCUGCUGGACUCUAUUUUAUUUGCAUCCAGUUCUUGGUUCACUCAGCCGGCCAAAACCGAGCGUCCAACAGCGGCUUGGAGAGGCUGUGGAGCGGGAAGGAGAGCAAACCCAACGGGGGGCCGCUGGGGGAACCGUGGGAAGGCAAGUGGUGAGCGCUGCAGGGACCUGGAAACCCUCUCCUGUUAAUCCAGCGAGGAUUACGCGGAUCCGUGCAAGUCCACCGUUAAUAAAAGGAGAAACGACUGUGACUAAAACCAAACUUUCAGCGAAGGAGUCUGCGUCUGCAUCCUCGUUACAGCGCAGUCGCGCCCAGCAGCAGCAGCAGCAGCAGCGGGACAGAGCAGUGAGCUUAGGGCGCAGAGAGGCUGUGCGCUCCUGGCUGCCCGGAGGGGAUGCUUCCGCCAAAGCGCACGCUCCCGCGGCUCUUAGCGCACACGCAACUGGGAAAGCAGUCGGGACAGCGCCUGGAGGACGAGGUGUCCCACAAGGGAAACAGUUUGGGAAAGUUGCCUCAAGAUCGAGUUCGGUUUCUCCAGUGCGCACAGCACCACCGCAGAGAGCUGCCGGAGCGCAGAAACAGCAGCAGCAGCAGCAGAACGCGGCUCUGGUGGCGCAGCGGGGAGUCAGCUUCAAACAGCCCAAAGUGAGCAGCCGAGAGAGCCAUCACAGACAGCCGCUGGUCAUUCCUCAUGACUACAUGCUGUCUCUGUACUGGUCUCUGUCCACUGGAGACCUGAACAGCAGCGCGCUGCACGAAGCGGGGCUGGCCAACACCAUUACCAGCUUUGUGGAUAAAGGACAAGACGAGCGUGGGCCCCAGCUGAGACGGCAGAGGUAUCACUUCAAUGUCAGCGCUCUGGAACGAGACGGGCUCCUGGGGGCUGAAUUACGCAUCCUGAGGAAGCGCCUGUCUGACCCACGGAGAGCCUUCUUUGGAUCCGCAGCCGCUGAUGGAGGAGGAGGAGGGGGUGGAGGAGGCUCGCCCCCGUGCCUGAAGCUGUACACCUGCGCUUCAGGUAAACAACCAGCCGCUCUGCUCCAGACAAAAACCAUGGAGGAUCUGCUUGGUGGAAGCGCAUUUGGCAGCAAAUGGGAAGUGUUUGACAUAUGGAAAGUCUUUAAGGGCUUUAAAAACCAGCAGAACCAGCACUCUCAGCAGCUGUGCUUUGAACUGGAGGCUCAGGAGCACAGAGGUGGCCGCCCCAUGGACCUGCGCGCUCUCGGGUUUGCACGACCUGGAAGGACCAACAAGGAAAAGGCCUUUUUUCUGGCGUUUGGCAAAAGCAAGAAGCGUGACCUUUUUUACAACGAGAUUAAAGCGAGGUCAGGGCAUGACAACAAAACCGUCUACGAAUACCUCUUCACUCAGAGACGCAUGCGCCGAGCUCCUGCUGCACGAGGCCCCAAAAAGGCUCUGCAGCAGCCGCAGUCGCUGCCACAACACCAGGUGGUGAAGACGCAGACGAGGCCGCGGUGUAACCGCAGACGACUCCACGUUAACUUCAAGGAGAUGGGCUGGGACGACUGGAUUAUCGCGCCACUAGAGUACGAGGCCUUUCACUGUGAUGGUGCGUGCGACUUCCCAAUCCGCUCGCACCUAGAGCCGACAAACCACGCCAUCAUACAGACCUUGAUGAACUCCAUGGAUCCGGAUUCGACGCCGCCUACGUGCUGCGUGCCGACACGACUCAGCCCUAUCAGCAUUCUCUACAUCGACUCGGCCAAUAACGUCGUCUAUAAGCAGUAUGAGGACAUGGUGGUGGAGUCGUGUGGCUGCAGGUAGCAAAGGAAGACAAAGAGAGGCAGAAGAGAAGAAGUCUGCUCUUUCCUUUAGGAAUUUGAGUGUUAAUAUUACAAUCAGAGCUGGAAGUGACGGGUUUACAAUGAGGAAAACAGCAGACGGUGACUGAACUCACAGCUAUGCAGCAGACAGCGCUCCUCUCACUCAAGUGGACCAUCAGACUGCAUACCAAAGACUCUGUUAAGACUAACCAGAGAAAAAUAAACUCCAAGAGGCGAUGCACUCACUUAAACUUCUAACAUUUCUGUGGGUGAUGACGAGCCACCUGACAGAAGCUGAAAACAUCCACAUAUCACAGACGUUCUGAUUAAAUCUGACUGAUUUGUAUCUCCUAAUAUGAUUGUUGUAAAAAGUCAGCGUGUAUCAGAAAAGCUAUGAAACAGUAGUGAAUAUACUCUGAAAUGCCCUUUUUUUCAGCACUUAUCUGCCAUCGUGCCUUUGCCUGUUCAGAUGUAAAAUAAAGAUUAAAUUGUUGGCUGUAUCCUAGAGUUUUUUUAUGAAGCAUGUAAAGAAUUUCUGAUGUAUAAAUAACAGGCCAGUGAUGAAGUGCUAAUCCGACGUGCUCCAAAUGUGGGAAAGUUGC